AUGCCCCCCGACUCCAAGACGAAGAUACGCCCUCAGCAGUCUUGCCUCAGAUGUCGCGAGCGCAAAGUAAAGUGCGAUCGCUCAAUCCCAUGCCACGCCUGCAUAAUCCGUGGCCUUGAAGCAGAAUGCACCUAUCUCACAACACCCGAGGAUCGCGCCCACAUCAGCCAAUCCGAGAUAAUCGACCAACUACGUCGUGAAGUCGCACAACUGCGGGGGCGUCUGAACCAGGGCACACGAGAGACCGGUCAUAGCCAAAGUCCGAGUCACAGCCAGCGCUCGCGUCCGGACAAAGGGGUCGGAACCGUCCCGAGGAACAGUCAGAGUUGGACACAAUAUGCGCCCGCGCACACGGGCUACAAUCAUGACGGCCAUGGCCAUGCGAAUGGCUCUGGGUAUGCGACCGGCGCUGGCGCUGGCUCGGCUAGAGGUACACCGGAUACUGGCGACGGCAGCUGGCGCGGGUCGUCGCCAUCCUCGUCGGUCACGACUAUGACGAACUCUAUGACUGUUACGAGUCCUGAUAGUACAGGUAGUGAGAGCGGGACUGGGUCGAUGUCCGCUUUGUCGCGGUCGGCUUCUGCUUCGGUUUCGGCAUAUCCUAUCGCGACGGGGUAUGCGCCGCGAGUUGCGGAGCUGGAUGUGUCGAAUGCAGUUGAAUCGCAUGCUUUUGCAAAUCCUUUAGAAGAUGCGACAAUGUCUGGAUAUUACGCAGGAUGUAUGACCUUCGCUCCGAGCGAUAUGUCCGGAACAGUCCCAGUACCGAUGCAGGGUCUCCCAGUGGCUGGUUUACAUGCGCAGGAUGCGAUGUUAGGGGUGCACCACCCGACGCUAUACGGACUCAAUGGCGAAAAUUAUAUGCCUGACGGAGGCAAAGCGCCGCCAUACUUACAACACACCGGCUAUCCGGCUUCCAUACCAGCCCCAAGAGUAACACAUUACGAGGAGGGAUAUUCAAUACCAAAUGAAGAGGACAGGGCGCAUGCACAUCAUCAAUGGGGGCAAGAUGCAUACGGAAACCCGAAUCCAAGUCCGAACCAAUAUCCGAAUACGCAUCUAUAUCAAACCCCGUUUCAUUAUUCAACUAUCAACACCUUCACCGAUAUCACCGCCACUCACACAAGCACCAACACCUAUACAGAUGCACCCUUCUCCCUACCCACCCGGACAACCGUGCCAGGCGAUAUUUCAAGCCAUGCCAGCCCCAGCUCCCAGGAUCGUCCUUCACCAACAACCAUUAUGAACUCAAUGCCGAGCUCCUGGAAGGGCGAGGGGAAACAGGAACUGCUGGAGAUACUGCUGGAAACAAUUGCCACCUGUGACGAGCAACGUCUGCCUCAGGUCAUCCAAGUCUUGCGGGCAAGUCCUUCACCCGAAGAGGCUGUUUCGGGGGUUUGUCAGGUUCUCGGGAUUUGGAAUGGGCGGUGA